AACAGCACCACCAUCCUCGAUGAAUGAACAAAAUAAUGUAUCGAGCCAACAACAGCAAACAAAUAGACAUGGUACGUUUUUUGUUCCCAGCAACUUGAUGAUGUUGAUGUCUUGAUUUCUGCUUGAAUUUACUAACAUUUAUGUACCAUGAAUAAGUAAAAACCAGAUUCUGACGAUAAAAUUGUUGUUGUUUUCAUUUAGAUUCAUCCGAAUUCCAACAUAAACCGCCAGUACAACAACAACAACAACAUAUAUUUAAUCAUCCUUCGUCAGAUUCGUACGCCCCGAUGAUAAUUCGUUCAAACUCUUAUCCAGUUCAGCAACCACAACAAGUUGUUACAGCAAAACCACAGCCUUCUCGUUUUAGUUUUCCACCACAACCCGAUCCUCAUUACUCUCCAAAUUUUGAUCACCAACCACAAACACCUCAACAAUAUCAUCCGCCUCGAACUCCUCGAUCCUCUACUGAAACAACCCCUCCGUCUGUGUCGCGUUUAACACCAGUCGGAAUACCCCAUCCAUCCCCUCAUUUCAAUCGUCAAAAUAAUAAAUCCUCAUCCUCAUCUUCUUCCAAGGACGACACCAAUACAUCUCCAUUCUAUCAGCAAGAACAAGAAAGUCAACAACAAAUGUUCAUUGCUCAUCAGCAUGAACAAUCACAAAAAACAGACAUGUAUUCCUCAAUCAUUCAACAACAGUUUCCGCCACCUCAACCCAAACAGACGCAACAAUACAUACAUGUAAAUCAAGCGACACAAAUAAUAGCAGCAUCUCCCGGACAUCAUCAACAUUAUGGCCUACCGGGUCAAUCAAUUAUGAUGUUACCAAAGCAACAAACACAGCAACAACAACAGCAGCAGCAACAAGGCCCAGGUGGUACAAUUAUAAUGCCACGAACAUUAUCAGGAGGGCCACGAUCUGUUGGUCCACCCCCACAACUAAUGGGACAAACGGUUAUCGGUAUGCCAGGUAGUACGACAAGAUUUUUAGUUCAAAGUAGUGGACAAGAAACAGGAUUUGGUGGUCGAGCACCAACAAGAUUUAUUUUUACACCAAAUCAAUCGCAGCAACAACCACAUCAAUAUUUACAAUUUACAGCACAACAACCAGCAACAUCUGGACCGAAUCAAAGUGGAGGAGAAAUUGCUCAAACAUUUCAGAGAAUGUCGGACGGCAGUAUUCCAGCUCAAUCGCAUAUUCAACAACAACAGAUACAUCCAUCUCAACAAUCUCAGCAAUCCCAGUACAAUCCCAAUCAAUUGCAUCAUCAUUCUCAGUCACAGCCUUCACCAUCUCCCUUUCAUCAUCAUCAAUCUCAACCCGCUACACCUCAAAAUAUGCUUCUUCAUUCGCCAUCUCAUUUUUCUCAACAACAAUCGUCACAAUUCUCACCAUCUUCCUCAGUUCAAUCUGCUUCUCAUAAUCAAUUAUUAUUACCUAGCGGUAUAAGUUCACCUCAAAAUCAAACAUCACCAAAACAAGAGCCAACACCAUCAACAACAGCGAAGAAAUCGACAAGGAAAAAGAAUAAUGGAUUACAACAACAAAAAUCAGCGCAACAGCAAAUCAAACCUGAACCAAUGUCGUUCGAUGAACAACGAUUGACUACUGAUUUAAAUGAAAAGACGUCUGAUGGCAUGUCGGAUAAUAUACAAAUUCCCGAACAAAAAGUUAGACUUGAUCCGAUGUUAUCUGUUGCUCCUCAUGUACUUGAACAAAUUGACGAAGUUAUUAGCAGUGUUGUACAAGGUGCGGGCACUAUUCCAUUGUGUCCAUUCAAUGAAAUACUGCCUCCAUCGAAAGCUACAAAACGUCAGACAUCGAUGAUAGUUCAAGAACAACAACCACCGACGCCAACUGAUUGGUAUGCAUCUCCAUCGCCUCAACAACAACAACA